UCACGGCGGACACACCCAUUCCUGCACGAACUCGGUGGUGGGGUAAUGCACUUCAAUUUCGCCCCUGUAGUAUUACCGUUAUUUUAUCUAAAACACAAAUUAGCUGUCAAACUCAAAUUUCCAACACAACUGCUUAAUCUUUAAAAAGUCAUUAUUCUCCGAAGCUACAUUCGUUGACGUUUCUGUUUACAGUAACCAAUCAAGAGAUACGGUGGAUUGACCUGCGUCAGCAGGACCCAAGCUGUCUAUGCCGCCAGGUUGAAAAUACUUUGUAAACAUGAAGGGAAAUGAUAAUCAGGGAUCUGCGCGUGAUACCGGGAGUAUUCGGAAAAGAAAAAAGAAAAGCAAUGCAGCCCCCAAGAAUAAGGAUGAUCAGGAGAUUCCGUACAGACUGCGAGAGCUCAUGUGGAACACACGGAAGAUGAAAGAAGAGCAGAUGAGAAAGAAAAGUGCAAAGCCAAAAAACAGUGCCUUAGCAGAGAUUUCACAGUUGCAGACAGAUAUUCCUAUUCCGAAGUUUAGAAGAGGAAAGCGUGAGUCAGAGCUAAACUACUUACAUCGUAUGGAAAGGGAGACCCAACAUGUUAUGUUUCUCAGCAAAAAUCAGAUUGAUCGACAGCCUGAAAUUGAAGAAGCUAAAGUGAAGCCAGGCAAAGAAGCUAAAGUGAAGCCAGGCAAAGAAGCUAAAGUGAAACCAGAGGUGAUGAAAUCAGAGCGGAAAAAAAAUUUUGACAGACAACGCUUGGAUAGGUUAUUAAAGAAGAAAAAUGAGAGAAAAGAAAAGAAGCUGGAAAAGGACAUAUUCACAGAUCAUGUGAAAUUUGGGGAUGUUGUCAAACAGCCACCAAGUCUAACAGCCAAACCAAGGAAAGGUGCUUCAAAAGAAAAGCCUGGACAGAAGUCAUUGCUUCUGAAGAGUCUGUUUAAUGCGUCACCUGGAAUAAAGCCACGAGCAUCAUCAAUGGCCCGGCAGAGGUUGAUGUUGGAAGAAAGAGCUCGGGUUGUGAAGGCAUACAGAGAUUUAAAGAAACUCAAGCAAAAGUCACAGACACAGACAAAAUACACAGCCAGUUCAAUGAAUAAGUUUGAUUAAAAGCAUUUUAUAAAGACUGGAGACUUGGACUGGGAAACUUUGGGGCUUAGAUUUCAAGGUCAUAAGAAAGUGUCAAGUAACUCGUAGAGAAAACUUAUUUAUAAAUAUAUUUACUUGACGACCUGAAAUGUUUUAACUAGUCUGAUGUCUGCUGCCAAAAAUUUACAUCAGUGUUUGCAAAAAUAAACUGAUGCUGUAUGUGGAUGGAAUCAUAGGGAAAGAGGGAUGGUCUGAGACACUCAGUACUGGAAACAGUGAUCUACCAUAUUUUGUACAGAAAUUGUGUGGGGAAUGUCAUUUUAUUUUCUUAGUAUGUUUGCCUGACUUGCCUACUUUUGUAAACUUGUGAUGUUUUCUACAUUAGGUUAUCUAGAAGAAUUAUGCAGUAGGUCUUGCACAAUUUGUAAUUAUAGUCAUAUCAAACUAUUUAUUUUCUCCGUAUUUCUAUAGUAAACUCUUGCUUCAAAAAAUGAAGCAUGCUAGUUCAUGAAAAUAAAUACAGCAUAUCUUAAAA